AUGGCGCCUGCAUGAAGGACGCUGAAUGCUGAAUGGGCCAAACUGAUUAGUAAACCCUUAAAAAAAUUAGUUUCAUAAUUAAAUAAAGUAAAUAAAUCACUCGUGAGUGAGAUAAACGUGAAUCCUAGUUGAUAAAUAAUUAUCUACCUCAGGAAUGAGUAAUUUGUCACCGUUCGGAGGUGGGAAGAACCCCCCGUGGGUCCGAAAUGCAGUACAAAAUGGGGAUUUUCUAGGCCAGGGAAUUCAAAACAUUCAGCAACAGAUGUUGGGCCAGGCCAUGGGUGGAAUGGGGGGUCAGCCGAUGGUCCAGUACCAGCAGCAGACUCAGCAGGUCUAUCAACAAGGCCUUGGGUUGCAACAGCCCAACUUGACCAUGGCCUCGAUGGCACAACUGGGCUCGAAUCUCCCCUCUGGAAUUGCUGGACAAUUGUACCCCCAAGUGGCGACUGUUUCCUACCCCACACCGAGGACACUAAAUGCCAAUGCGUUCCAACAGACUGUUGGGGGCGUUCAGCAGCAGGUGCAGCAGAAUGUCCAAUCCUCCUCGACUAAACAGAGGGUGUUCACUGGGACUGUCACUAAAGUUCAUGAUAAUUUUGGAUUUGUCGAUGAGGAUGUUUUCUUUCAAACUAAUGCAUGUGUGAAGGGCUCCAAUCCAAUAAUCGGCGAUAGAGUUCUGGUGGAAGCAUCAUUCAACCCCUCGAUGCCCUUUAAGUGGAACGCAACGCGCAUCCAGGUCCUCCCAAUGACAGGGAACUCCAACUCUUCCUCGAAUUCUGUGAGCACUCCAGCCCCCCAGAAUCCCCAGCAAAAUCGCCAACCCCAAUCGAGUCGUCCCUCAGGCACCUACAACGCAGUGCCACCCCCCAAUGACAAUACGAAUAGCAGUAGAUUUUCAAGUAAUAAUUCAACCUCGACGACGAGUAAUCGAAAUAAACCAGCGAGAGUCAGGGAGAGAUCACGAGAGCGGAGGAAUGACGACGAAGAGGUAGAGAGGAAGCGCAGGAGGGAGGAGAGAAUCAGGGAGAGGGAGAAGAAGGAGGAGAGGAGCCCCUCCAGAACCAGGAGGAGCAAGUCUCCGAGGCCCAGACGACGAACUCGAGUGGUGCCUCGUUACAUGGUGCAGAUACCAAAGAUUGCGCUCGAUCUCCCAGAGGCUGAUGUCCUCGAGAUCAGGAGACGAUACCAGAACAUGUACAUUCCCAGUGAUUUCUUCUCGACGAACUUCAGGUGGGUCGACGCCUUUCCACCCCAUAUGCCGUUCACUUUGAAUAAACCAUGCAGCUUUCAUGUGAUGCACAAGGAUGUCGAUGGGGUCGUCGAGAAUUCAGCUGUGCUGGAGCCUCCUGAUGCUGAUUAUUUGUUCUCUGCUAAGGUGAUGCUCAUGUCAAUGCCAGCGAUGGAAGAAAUCUACAAACGCUGCUGUGGAGUAACAGAGGAUCGAGACCCCGACAGGGACUACGUACACCCAACUCGACUGAUAAACUUCCUCGUGGGUUUACGAGGAAAAAACGAGACCAUGGCCAUUGGAGGCCCCUGGAGCCCCUCAUUGGACGGCCCCAACCCAGAGAGCGACCCCUCAGUACUCAUCAGGACAGCCGUCAGAACCUGCAAGGCACUCACUGGAAUCGAUCUGUCCCACUGCACCCAAUGGUAUCGCUUCCUGGAGCUCUACUACAGGCGUGCAGAGACUACCCACAAGUCGGGAAGAGUUGUGGCAUCGCGCGUUGAAACGGUCAUACUAUUUCUCCCAGAUGUUUGGAGCUGUGUAUCAACCAAACUGGAAUGGGAUACACUUCAUCUGAGCUAUAAGAGACAACUGGAUAGGAAGCUGAUGGGCGCUGGGGGCGAUGGGGAGAUGGAAGUGGCUGGAGAGAAUGAUGAUGCUGCCGUCGCUGAUCAAAAGGAUGAUACAACUCCGGAGAAGAAAGACCCCACGCAUUAUUCGGAAUUGGAUCCCAAGUCGAUGAAUGUGAAUGAUUUACGCCAGGAAUUAGCAGCGCGCAAUCUAAGCUCCAAAGGCCUCAAAUCCCAGCUCUCAGCUCGAUUGACAAAAGCAAUAAAGUCGGAGCAGGCUAAGGAGGAAGGCCGCCAGGACGAGGCUGAAGAUAACGAGGAGGAGAUACCACCGCCUCCGAAAGAGGAAACUAAAGAAGAAAAGAAGAGUAAAGAGCACGACGAAGAUAAGAAGAAGAAUUCCGAGCGUGAACGUGCUCUCCUGGAGAAACGUUACACUCUCCCCGAGUCGCCCCACAUAAUUGUCCAUCCCUCGCGCAUCGCAAAGUCUGGAAAAUUCGACUGCACAGUAAUGUCUCUCUCAGUCCUUCUGGAUUACCGCCCAGAAGACACUAAAGAGCACUCCUUCGAAGUCUCGCUGUUUGCCGAGCUCUUCAACGAGAUGCUGAUGCGUGACUUUGGCUUCAGGAUAUACCGAUCCCUCUGCUCACUGCCAGAAAAAUCUAAAGAGAAGGAAGAGGACCCGAAGAAGCCGAAGAAGGAGGAGAAGCCUCGUGAGGAUAAAAACCCAGAGGACAAGAAACGGAAGGACGAGGACGACAAGAAGUCGAAGAAUUCGAAGAAAGACGAGAGGAAACGAGAGACGAGUAAGGAUAAGAACAAGGACGAGAAGGAGAAGGAGAAAACGACAAAGAGUGACGAGAAGGACCGCGAGGAGGAUGAGGACGAGUAUGAGGAUGAGACGGAUGACGACGACUCGGUGAAGGAUGGGAAGAGGGAGAAGGAGAAGGAUGGGAAGAAGAAGAAGCCAAAGCUUUAUACCUACGAUCCUUAUCUGCUACUAUCUUUCGUUUAUUUCGAUCAGACUCACUGUGGCUAUAUCUUUGAUAAGGAUAUUGAGGAGUUAAUCUACACUUUGGGACUGAAUUUAUCACGUGCACAGGUGAGAAAACUAGUCCAAAAAGUCGUCACGAGAGAUUCUCUUCACUACAGAAAAUUGACUGAUCGGUCUAAAGAGGAUGAGGACAAGGACAAAGAGAAAUCGAAGGAGGAGAAGGAGGCGGCGGAUGAGGGCCACGAGGAGGUGGAGGACGAAGAAGAGUUGAAGUCCUUGGCCCUGGGGAACAAGAAACUCUUGCCUGUCUUCGUCAGUGGACAGGUGCCAUCGAAGAGAGCCAGGGGAGAGAACCAAGGGGAAGGCGAGGAGUCGGUACCAGAGGGAUUCGUCAUGUUCAAGGGGAGCCUUCUCGAUGUAGAGAAGCUGGUGAGUCAGCUGAAGCGCAGCGAGAAGGCCAGAGUGGACACUGAGGCGAGAAUGGGGGAGAUUCAACAUGAAUUGGCAAGUGUCAGUGAAAAGGCGCAUAGACAAGGCACGGUCAUCAGGGAUCUGGGAGACGAUCUCAAGGGGUACAAGGACAAGUUGAGGAGUGUGGAAGAGAAACUGAAGAAGACGUCGUCUGAAUGCUAUACGUACCUGAGUGCAAUAAAGAACGUAUACCACACGACAUCGAAAGUGAUGCAGAGUGAUAGUAAAAAAGUCGAAAUUGUUGAGAUCCAGGACGAAAAAUCAUCGAGCGAGAUCAAUGGAUCCCAGAGUGAAUCUAAAUCAAAGAGUGACACGAGGUGGAGCGACAGCAGGAGUUCAGUUAAAAAGGAGCUCGAGGACAAAGAUAAAAAGCACGAGAGUAAAUCCUCUGUGAAAAAAGAACCAAUGGAUGUGGAUAAGGAGAAGAAGUAAUUAAUUGACGAAAACCUUUAUUUAUUUGUAUUGAAAAACAUUGAAAACCGCCAUAAUGUCGUGAUCACACCCUCAUCGCUGUUUACUUUUUAGUGAGUUAAUUGUGCAUAAUAAUCUGUCAAUGUUGAUGGGAAUUUUCGCGAUUCUCCUAGCCCUUCACAGCAAAAAAUUUCUUUUUAUGUGAAUAUCUCAGAAUCUAAUGGAUUGGAAAGAAAAAUGUCGAAAGACUCGUUCAAAGAAAAUUCAAUUUUCUGCAAAAAAUUUCUUUUUACAUUUUUCUCUCAAUCCAACAGCUUGUGAAAUAUUCACAAAAUUGAGUGCAUUAAUUUCUUUAACUUGUCUCUUUUCGUAAUUUCAUCGAAUUAAUUACGAUAAAAAUUAUUUUAAUCACAAAAAAAGUUAUGUAUGCUGAGCAGAAGUUUUUUCAGUCCUUUGAUAUUCGGCGUGAACACAGUGUGAAUCAAUUAAACCACAAAUUAAUAAUUUUCUAAUUGAAUAUAUUGUAAUAAUUAAGCAAAUUAAUUGAACUAACUGAAUUGCUCAUCAAUUUUGUGAUUGAAAGACUCCAGGAGAUGAAUUCUACACAAUUUAUUUACAAAAAAUUAUUGAGCUUCAGCAACUGAAUAAUUUAAUUUCAAUGAAUUUGCAAUUUUCACUGCGUCUAUAGCGCUAUUUCCCCCUCCCCUUAACCCAAUCAUGAUGAAUCAAUUAAUAAGAAAAAAACGAAUGGAAGAAAUAAUUCAUGUCCUGGUUCCUUUCAAUUACAAAAACAGAAGGGAAAAAAAUAAAAAAAAUUGUAAAAAUUUGUCAAUUGAAUAGAAAAAUCGCCUAAUUUUUUAUUUAUCGAACACAUCACCAGUUUCAAAGCACCAGACGUCAUUAAAUCGAUUUUUUAAUGAGCGGAAAAAUAGAUAAUUGUUGGCUUGGAAAGCAUUAAUGAAGGGCCGAAUGUGGGAUUCUCCCUUGUUCUUUUCCUCAUUAGACUCGUAUGAAGAAACAUUAAUUAAUUAACCAGGAAAAUGGAAAUUAAUUUUUCAUUUUUUCAAGUGAAACCAAAAGAAUUUUUAAAUAAUUCAUGAAUUACUAUUUAUAAUUGAAUAAUAAUCGAGGAUCAAUUUAAAAGAGGAAUUAAGGAACAAUUGUACGAGAGUAGUGGGCGAAUAAAAGAGUUAAUUAGUUUGACACAA